AUGCGCACCACAGCCCUCGUUACAGGGCUGGUCCUAGCCCUUUCUCCUCUUCUGGUCUCAGCUGUUGGGACUCUGGGCUUCGCAUUGGGAGACAAANAGGCAGAUGGAUCAUGCAAGUUCCAGGCAGACUACGAAGCCGACUUCGACGCCAUCAAGGCCAACUCUGGCAGCACCAUCGUACGAAUCUAUGCCGCCAGCGACUGCAACACAGCUCAACAGAUCCUGCCUGCUGCACAGUCCAAAGGUUUCAAGGUCAUCCUUGGUGUCUGGCCUGAUGUAGAUCAGAGUCUUCAAGCGGACAAGCAGGCCUUGCAGACAUAUGUCCCUCAAUACCGCGAUCAAGUCUACGGUGUUACUGUCGGCUCAGAGACACUCUACCGCAAGACAUUCGACGGCCCUCAGUUGUUGACGAAGAUCAAUGAUGUCAAAUCAGUGUUGCCUCAGGGCGUCAAGGUCGGCACGGCAGACAGCUGGAACAAGUUCGCUGAUGGUACAGCCGAUGCUGUCAUCAAGGGAGGAGUCGACUUUNUGCUGGCUAAUGGCUUUGCAUACUGGCAAGCAUCGCCCAUCUCCAAUGCCACCUACACCUUCUUCGACGACACCCAACAAGCCCUUGGUCAUAUCCAGAGUGUCUCGGGCUCUCUAAACACAAUCGAGUUCUGGGUUGGAGAAACUGGUUGGCCUACUGACGGUAAGCUUCAGAAGCUCGAUGUUGUGAGAUGGGUAUUGACCUUCCUGCAGNGAGGAUCCAAUUACGGCGCCGCCAUUGCAGGCACGAAGAACGCACAAACAUACUUCGACGAUGCCGUCUGCGGCAUGAUCUCAUGGGGUGUCAAUGUCUUUGUCUUCGAGGCAUUCGACGAGCCCUGGAAGCCUCACGCGGUUGGUGAUAGCGGAGCUGCUGGCGAUGAGACUCAUUGGGGUGUCAUGAACGUUGACCGCAGCGCAAAGUUCCCGCUGACCUGCUAG